UGAAUUUACUGUCACGCCGAGCCUGCGCUGGAUGCGGUGAGCAGCCAAAGCAAAGCAGACAGCUUGAGGUGCCGGGGAGUAGAGACGUUCAUUGCUAUGGGCUGGAUGUGCUCGACUUUCGCAGAGCAGGGAAAUGUCCUCGGCGCCAGAUAACGUCCGCUGCUAACCGACGGAUUCUAGCAAGACUUGUUAAACGCGGUGGCGAUGUGUGUGAAACCGGCGGAAGGACGUGGCUCCUGGGGCUGACAGUGCAGGUCCAGUCCCUCUCGUUCUCUCUCUCUCUCUCUCUCUCUCUCUCUCUCUCUCUCUCUCUCUCUCUCCGUCUACCUCUCACUAGCUCUCUCUUUUGCUGCUUAUUGCAUCGAGACGACGGCAGUAAGCCUGGCAGAGGCUGGGCGCCCGGGAGCAGCGGAGAGAUAUCGCUAGAGGAGCGGAGGAGGGGUUGAUCUCUUGCGGGAGGGAGGAGGGUCUGUUCGUCACCUUCGGAGCUCAAAAAUCUACUUGCCCUUUCCUCUAAAACCUCGGAGCUGAAGGGAGGGUGAAAGGAUGCAGGUGAAGAAGCAGCGUGCAGCGGAAAGAGGCACUGGGGAUGUCCAGACAGUUGACAGCAAGAAAAAGAAAUCAUCAUGCUUCUCUAACAUCAAAAUCUUCUUGGUAUCCGAAUGUGCGUUGAUGCUGGCGCAGGGCACGGUCGGCGCAUACCUGGUGAGUGUUUUAACAACCCUAGAAAGAAGAUUCAAUCUGCAGAGCGCAGAUGUUGGAGUCAUAGCAAGCAGUUUUGAGAUUGGCAACCUGGCACUCAUUUUGUUUGUGAGCUACUUUGGGGCUAAGGGUCACCGACCUCGUCUCAUAGGAUGUGGGGGAAUUGUGAUGGCACUAGGUGCCUUGUUGUCUGCCCUGCCAGAGUUCCUCACUCACCAAUAUGAAUACAAGUCUGGGGAUUUUAGACGCGGGGAAGAAGGAAGGGACGUGUGUGCUGCAAACUCAUCAGCCUCUGGCAAGGGGAGACCGGACCCUGAUCUUGUUUGUGGAAACAGAGCUAACACAAAUAUGAUGUACUUACUUUUGAUUGGAGCUCAAGUGCUACUGGGUAUUGGAGCAACGCCUGUCCAGCCACUUGGGGUGUCAUAUAUUGAUGACCAUGUGCGGAGGAAAGACUCUUCAUUGUAUAUAGGUAUCUUAUUUUCCACCUUGGUGUUCGGACCUGCCUGUGGUUUCAUCCUGGGCUCACUCUGUACCAAAUUUUAUGUGGAUGCUGUCUUCAUCGACACCAGCAAGCUUGACAUUACUCCAGAUGACCCUCGUUGGAUUGGAGCUUGGUGGGGGGGCUUCUUGUUAUGUGGUGCCUUACUCUUCUUCUCUGCGCUGUUCAUGUUUGGCUUCCCACAGUCCCUCUCUGGCCAGGAGUUGGAGGGGAGCACUGAAAGUGAACAGACCAUGCUGCCCCCUGAGCAGCUUCCCAAUGAAUAUGAAACACCCAAACCAAGUAACGGGGUGCUACGCAAAUCCCAUGGCUCAGAAAACAGCACCUCCUGCUGCCAGCAGCUCAGGGUGAUUCCAAAAGUUACAAAGCACUUGUUGUCAAACCCGGUGUUCACCUGCAUCGUCCUGGCUGCCUGUAUGGAAAUCGCUGUGGUUGCUGGUUUUGCUGCUUUUUUAGGAAAAUACCUCGAGCAGCAGUUCAACCUCACCACCUCAUCUGCCAAUCAGCUUUUAGGAAUGACCGCAAUUCCCUGUGCAUGUCUGGGAAUCUUCCUGGGAGGCCUGCUCGUGAAGAAACUAAACCUAUCUGCCCUGGGUGCCAUUCGCAUGGCCAUGCUCGUCAACCUUGUCUCUACGGCAUGCUAUGUCUCCUUCCUUUUCCUUGGUUGUGAUACUGGGCCUGUGGCUGGAAUCACAGUACCUUACAAAAACGAGACAAUCCCAGUUCCUCAGCUGGACCCUCAAUCUCCUUGUAACACUGGCUGUAACUGUCUCACAGAUUCAAUCAGUCCAGUCUGCGGUUCUAAUGGUAUCACCUACCUGUCUUCUUGCUUUGCUGGGUGCUCAAGAACUAACCUCACUGGAUGUUCCUGCAUAUCAGCAGGCCGUGCUGAAAAUGCCACUGCAGUUUCAGGAAAGUGUCCAAGUCCAGGAUGCCAAGAGGCUUUCUUGACCUUUCUGUGCGUGAUCUGUGCAUGUAGUAUGAUUGGAGCAAUGGCACAAACCCCAUCUGUCAUUGUGCUGAUCAGGGCGGUGAAUCCAGAGCUCAAGUCAUAUGCCCUAGGGGUGCUCUUCCUUCUGCUGCGGCUGCUUGGUUUUAUCCCUCCUCCACUAAUCUUUGGCGCUGGAAUUGAUUCAACAUGUCUAUUCUGGAGCACAGUCUGUGGGCAGCGAGGGGCCUGCAUGCUUUAUGAUAAUGUGACCUACCGCUACUUGUAUGUCAGCAUCGCCAUCGUUCUCAAGUCAGUUGCAUUCAUUCUUUACACCACCACAUGGCAGUGUUUACGGAAAAACUAUAAAAGGUAUAUAAAGAACAACGAAGGCGGGCUGACUACCAGUGAACUGUUUGCCUCCACCCUCACCCUGGACAACUUGGGUAGGGACGUUACUCAACACCCGCCACCAAAUAGGACAAAAUUUAUUUAUAACCUAGAAGAUCACGAGUGGUGUGAAAAUAUGGAAUCAGUUUUAUAAAAGGAAAAAAAGAACAAGAUACAAUAUUGCAAUCAUAGAAAAAAAUAUGCUUUUUUUAAUCUCAGUGCAUUUUCAUUCUUGUUGAUGCUUGGAAAGACUACAACUGGUAAGCUGCUAUUGAUCUAAUAUCCAGAGUGAAGUUCCACAUCUGUCCAGAUAUUGCUUCCUAAAAGAUGUCAAAUUUGCAGCCUCCAGAUGUUGUAAAUGUCAGUCACAUAUGUCCUGGCUGCCCAUAUUCUGGAAAUGAUCCAUGGCAAAAUGUCUGGCAUUUACGUCUGUUAACCACGUCGUCUCCAUUUGAAUCACUCACCCUUCAUUCAAGGAACGGCUUUGUACUUGUCUUCUUGCAGGGUUCAUAUAAGAAUUUAUUGGUCUCCCUUCGUAUUUUUUUUUUUCCUAUGAACACGGCUGCGUGGCCUGUUAAUUCUGCAGGUUGUUCUUCUUUCCUUGUUUGAAGCCCCAGGAAGCAUGAGGUGACCAAAUGCCCUGCAGAAUUUGCUUGUUCAGGUUUAAACUACACCGAGAAAAACGCAUGUGCCUAUUAUAGCCACUAUGCUUCCUUAUCUGAAGCUCAGCAAUAGUAAUGAGUACUAGACCUGAAAACAAGUUUAUUACUCCCAUAGAGUGUUUUUAUGUUUUUUUUCUUGUCUCUACAGCAGACCAGAACUUCUUCAUAGCUGAUAAUUUGGAAGGGUCUGGGUGCACUCUGGGUGCAGCUGUUUCCAAUCAAGUAUUCCCUACACCUUGCAGUGGCUGCUCUAGAAUGAAUCCUAAAUUGAAGAGUGACCUCACACACUGGAAAUUUUAAAAGUUCACCUACAGCUGAUUUUGGAUGUUGUCACAUUGGAUGUGGUGCGGCUGUGAGAAGAUAGUUUUAUUUCAUUGUCAUCAAGGAACAAGUAGUUCAUUAUGCUCAUGCAUGUUUUUACGUGACGUUUAAGACAUUAGCAAAAAGAUAUGUUGACAAGAUAGGAAAUGAGAGUCGGUGAGUUGAUCUAAUAUUGUCUGCCUAAACAAAUAGAGAACAAUAGACAUAAGCUACCAGGUAGUGUGGUAGACAGUAGGACCUUAGGGACUUUCAGAACUAGUCUUAAUGUUAUUUUAGAAGAAUUAAGUGUAACGGACUGGCGAGGUUUGCUUGGGUGAAUGGCCUGUUCUGGUCUAGAUCAUCCUAACAAAUUUCUCAAGACCUCAAGUGCUUGCUUUCCAGUAUACAGUAAUGUCAAAAGCACUUUUAAGUAAGUGUUGAGUAGUGGUACCCUAUGUAGUUAACAUGAAAGCAGGCUGCCAAAGAAAUUGCUCAUAUAAAAGUUUAAAAACCCACAUCAAGAUUUUCCUGUGCCAAAGAGUACAAUGACUUGCAUUUUAUGAUUCCCAGAAGCUCCACAAAGUGAUGAGUGACUUUUUACUGUGAAGAAGUUCUAUCUGAUACACAUUUUCUUUGAGAUGUCAGAUUUUAUUCUUGACCAGGUGGUAGUCACCCCAUGUUCCGCAAUCAUUGGAUAAUCAGCACAAAUUCUAUAGUUACAGUUAGAAGGUAUCUGCAUAACCCUAGAAGCACAAUUUGAUUUAACUGUUAAGCUUUCCAUGUGUCAAUGAACGUAUCUUUUAUCAGCCUCACUACAUCUACUAGUGGCAAAUAACAUGAUUUGUUAAAAAAAAAAUCUGAAUGAUCUAAAGUGGGUCUGAGUGCACCCAGCACACCCCAAGAUAUGAGCUCCUGGCCUAGAGACUAUAAAUACUAAUGCAAUAAUUACGACUCCUUGUCCUCCCCACGCAAGUUCAAAGAGGACUUCUCUUUCACCUUUUCAGAAGCUUCCCUAUGCUAUAAAUAAACUCAAAUAUAUAUACGCAUACAUCUUUACUACUUUUUAUACCAGUUCAUGUUUUUCAUUGCUUUUGAAUUCAAUAUUUCCAUUAGAAGUUCAAGUGUACGCUUUUAUAGUCAAUAGGUCUUGAUGCAUUUCUGGGACGUCAUAAGGAAAACCAGAAGAGAAGAUUAAUUUCAAGCCUCUGCUCUACGUUAAAUGAUGAUAUCUUAUUGGGUUUGCACUUUCAACCAGUAUGGUGUUCUGCUAAUUUUAAAUGUUCACAUAUAGGAGCCAGUCGCCAGCAGGGAUGUUCCUUUAAGUGUAAGGGAUAUUCAGAAAUGUAAUGGCCAUCUCAUGGAUUUGUUUCCCUGUUUCAUGGUCUUUCUGUUUUAAUAUUAUGUAAAGAAUCAAGAAAAUGGAUUCAUUUUCUAGGUUGAUGUUUUACCACGGUAUCUACCUUAUGACACCAGACAAGAGCAGAAUCUUUGGACCUGUUCGAUUUAGUCAAGCAGCAUGGACCAAACAGUUGCCAGUUUCAUAUGAGUAUCUACACUUCUAAUUUUUAGAGAUCUCCAAUGAUUUUGCUGGGAAAAGCAUGUCUGCAAACUGCUGGUGCCAAUGCAAGCAUACAAGAUGUAGUGUAUGUUCUCCUCACCGUCCUUUUUGGAUUGGUCAGUUUUUUUAAAGGUCAGAUUCCCAUAGCAGCUAUACCAGUACUCACCUGUUGGUGAUUAGAUGAUUGACAACACUUGUCAUGUCAUCAUGUGUGCCAUCGAUAUUUCUCAGAUGUAAUAAACAAAUAUUUUCUAAUAAAUUAUAUUCACAGACCAUAGGAGUUUCUUCUUCCUGAUGCAAAACUGUUUUUACAUAAAUCAUGAAAGUCAUUGUUUUUUCAUAAAAGUUUUUUCACAGAUUACUUUCAUUUUUUCUCUUUUCUUACACAUCUUUGAAAAUGGUUAUCAACCCCACUGCUUCCACUCCCCUCACACUACUAUUUGUGACUAUUUUCUAAAAAAUGUUCUUUUUUUCGUUGUUCCAAUGAUGUCUUUUUCAUGUCAUUUGAACGUUUUCAUAGUGGCAGGGAUUGAUUUCCUUGACCGUCUGUUUCUAUUUCCAUUGUGCCUGCUGCUGCCAGGAUAGGCUGUGACUUUGUGCAGCCCUGAAAUUGAAUUAAAAUUCAUUUAUGUGUUUCCUUAAAUGCAUUUGUAAGCCAGCAUAUUCAAUUUCAGACCAUGUGUUCAUUUGUGUUAACUAUCCAUAUCCACAAUCUGCAUAUUCCAAUGGAAGGUCACAGGGAGCCUACCCCAGCAGCAUUAGACCUAAAACUGGAAAUGGCAGUGGAGGAAGUGCCAGUUCAUCACAGGGCAUAAUCACACACACACUCAUUAAGGGCCGAUGUGGAGUCACUUCUCAACCCAGUACACACAUGUCUUUUAGAUGUGGAUGAAGGACAAGUGCAGACAAGAGGAUAACAUGCAACUUAAACACAGAUGUUGACCCAGCAGUAUAGAGCUCUGAAGCAGCAACAUUUGUUAACUGUCAAUGCCGUGACUGGUCUUAGCAUCCAUGAUCUUGAACCAGAUAAAUAGAUCGAUGGCAGCACUGCAAACAACAAUGUAUCAUAACAAAACAGCAAAUACUAAUAUCCAGAGGCUGCUUAAUUAACCAUAAAAUCAUUUUUAAAGAUCCAUUCCCUGUUUAAGAAUGGCUGCCUUACAGCUCCAGCUGUUUUAAUUCCCAUCCAGUUAGUGUCUGUAUGGAGCUUGCAUGUUAUCCUUAUGUAUGCAUGUUUUAUAUUUAUAAUUAUCAACUAAAUGAGUGGAGAAUCAUAUCUAGCUCUGGAAAGUGAAUGGGCCACUGGGCUUAAAACCCACAUUAAGUUGCUAAGUUCUUUAUCAAAGUAAACCUGAACCUCUUGGUAUUUCUGCAGUGUCAAGUUAGUUAACAAAUGUUAAAACAGAAACACGAUAAUUUGCCUUUAGUCUUGUUAGUGGCUAGAAAUGGCCUCUGAUUUUUAUAAAAAAAAAAAAGAUGCAAAGCAUGGAGUUGCGUUGACUGGUGACUCUGAAUUAGCCUGUUGUGAUUGAUUGUGAGUCGUCCAUCUGUUUCAUGCUUUGGGCCUCAUACUGCUGAGACAGACUGCAGCCCCUGUGACCCUGAACUGCAGAAAGCAGAUUCAAAGAAUAAAUGAAAAGAUGGAUGGAUGGAUCAAAUCAAUGCAGUAUUGAUGAUGGUGGUUUCAAAAGCGAGACUAAGAGCUUUUAUUCCUGCAGUACGCCGGUGGGUGUCAGUUACCUCUGCAAGUGUGACUUUUGGCUCACUCAGCCAUUUAUUAAAGUUUUCCACUCCCUGUUGUUUAGGAGGAUGUUUCCACUGUGAUCUAACACAGUACAGUACAUUGUUUCACAGCGCUGGAUAUUUAUUAAAAUAGUCACUAAUAUUAGCAAGCUCCAUUUUGAAAAUAUUGUGAAUUCAAAUAGUAUUGCCACAGUUUAUUUGCUGGUUUCCUCUGUUCCAAAUGAACUUUACCUCACAGCUGCCAAAGCAUUUUAAAAUUGUAAAAAAAAAAAAAAAAAGUUUUAUGUAUUUAUUUAUUUAUUUUUUAAAUUUAUGCUAUUACUUUGAAUUUAGAGAAAUGUCACUGAAUCAGCUUCUAAAGUUUGUAAAAACAAGUUUAUUAUUGGCGUAGAUUUCUUUAAGGUCAUUGUACAAUGUAAUGGGUAUUUUUCAAAACAGCCUGUAACUUUCUGUUCAUGAUCUCAAGAAAAUGACCUGAUGGCUAUUAAAUAUUUUCAAAAUGUU